AAGCAGCAGACAAUAGUAUCUCCUUACCUCUUGACACCGACUGCCAUAUUUCUGCUGAAAUACGCUCGUGAUCCAUAGAGCAGCUCAUGCACUCCUGAGUCAACCGAGAUUGACAACUGGAGCGCAUUUUACUAUCUGCAAAAUUCAGAAUGUCUGGGUACUUUGAGGGAGCAGCUUCAUAGCCACUGUAGGAGGCCAGCAGGACGCUUACACACGUACCAUGGGCCUACAGGCGCCAGUUCACCGGGGCCCUCGUGCAUUUGUGCCGAUGGUAUCUGUUAUUUUAUUAGCUGGUUGCCAAGUCCUGGCGGAAUCGGCGGGUGUAGAUAGUGCGAGAAACGCCCAAGGACAAGGGGCACACGACAAUGACACGUGUAUCUAUUACCACGAACUGAACUCUGACGAACAAUGCAAGUUCAUCCAGACUACGGAAGAUUGCAAGCCCGAUAGUGGUUUCGUCAACUACUUGGAGUUUACGUACUGUUCUUUCUCGGCUGGUCUACAACCACUCGCACUAGUCAUACUGUUCGUCUGGCUUUCUUUCUUGUUUGUCUGCCUCGGGGUUGCGGCCAAAAACUUCUUUUGUCCGGCGCUGCUGACCAUCUCUAAGGCGCUGAAGCUUAGCGACAACGUUGCAGGAGUGACGUUCCUAGCCUUUGGCAAUGGCGCCCCUGAUGUUUUCAGUGCUGUUGUGGCCAUCACGAAUUCUAAAGAUGGAGAUGCAGGGUUGGCCAUUGGCGCGCUCUUCGGAGCCGCUGUGUUCAUCACGACCUUUGUGGCGGGUACCAUUUCCGCCCUGAACUCCUUCGAGGUAGCGCAGGUGCCGUUCCUGAGGGACGCCAUCUUUGUCGUGGGGGCGUCCUACUGGACUUUCUACAUCCUGUACACAGGACAGAUAUGGACCUCGGAGGCUGUAGGAUUCAUAUUGCUGUACAUAUUUUACGUGAUCGUCGUUUUGGUUUCAAUACGAUUCACGAAGCCUGCCAAUGUGACCAUACCUAAGAUAGACGGUAGUGGGUCUUAUAAGCGUCUGGAAGAGGGUCCAAACACUGAGACCCAAGAAGUAACUAGCGACAUCGAUCAACUUGCCGAAUGCCCUCUUAAAGAUGAGCAACAUGUAUCAACAAACAGCUUUGAAUUGGCAAAAGAUGACGCAGACACGGACAUGGACAAUAAGUGUCAGAUUGAAGAUGCCUCUUGUGACUCACCCGAAGAAGUUAGCCCUGAAAGAGACUCUAACCUCAAAGAUGACGACGUGGAAAAGCCAACAGCAGACGGCAUAGGCGAGGAUCUCAUAACCGAAGAAAAUGACCCUAGCGAGAACGUAGUAAUCUCCUGCAAGACGCCGGAAAAAGAACCACUUCCAGCCAAGCGGAAAACUAAUUUUGGAACCAUACAUCCCGUCGACGGACCAGGGGAGCCUUCUGACAUAGGCCUCAUAAAAUCCAAUGAGUUCUCCAGGGGCUGCACCGAACAGGAACCAUUGCUCCCCAAAUCAAAGAAACGCAGUGGUCCGUGCCACCAAUUGGGGGCACUGUUCAGGGACGUCAACCCUAUCGAUUUUGAGGGAUGGAAAAGCAAAGGUUACGUCAUGAGAGCCUUUGAAAUAUUCAAGUCUCCAAUCAAGCUGUUACUGCUAAUCACGGUUCCCCUUGUCCACCACGACAAGUGUAGUUGGAAUAAGCCUCUGAAUUGUCUACAGCUUCUAGUUGGACCAGUCUGCUGUGUCUUCAUUACGAAUAGUUACAAUACAGUCAUAGCAGGUCAAUUCUACCUGUGGCAUCUGGUGUUGUGUCUCGGUGCUCUUCUAUUCAUCAUCGCUUUCCUCACAUCUAAGCCAAGCCAACCUCCAGUUUACUAUAUAGCAUUUGCAUUUCUCGGCUUCGUCAUCUCUGUAUGCUGGAUCUUUGGCAUCGCUAAUGAAAUCAUCAAUCUUUUAAGGAUGUACGGCAUUGUCUUUGACCUCAGUGAUGCCAUUCUAGGACUGACGUUUCUGGCAUUGGGCAACUGUAUAGGAGAUCUCGUGAAUGAUAUAGCUAUGGCCAAGCAGGGCGCCCCCAACAUGGCCAUAUCUGCAUGUUUCGGAGGGCCCAUUUUCAAUAUGUUGAUUGGGAUAGGAGUAGCAACUACCAUUGCAACGGCACAGAACGGUGGAAUUUUCAAAUUGAAGACGGACACACUGCAGUUUGUAUUGGCCGCCGGUCUAGGCAUCAGCCUCUUCACGUCCAUGUUCUUCAUGAUAGCAGCCAGGUUCCGGGCAACUAAAAUCUAUGCUGUUCUGCUGUAUAUCUUUUACGCGGUGUUUCUGACUAUCGCCAUCUUGACCGAAACCAAAGUCAUCAAGUGGUGAAAAAUAAAUGUAAAAUAUCCUGCCUUCCUAGUCAGUUUAUUCAACUCUCUUUUUUAUACGUUUAGGCAAUAUUUCCUUCAACUAUGAAGUUAUUUAAAUCUGUUUUCUCAGAUAAUAUUUGAGACUUUUAGGGGAGUUACCACCCCUUCAUACUUCUAUUUUAGAAUUUUGUUAACCCGAAAUAAUUGUUAAUGCUAAACUCAUCAGUUCAGUGAUACUAAGAUAUACAAUACCAAGUCUGAUACCUCAGUCGUGGUCUGUGCCACAUACACCUUUUUAGUUAGUUUUUCAAAUGCAUCCGCCAAUGUUUUGAAUUUCCAAGGGUUUGAAAUAUUUCUGGUUAAGGAAAAACUUUUUUUCCAUUUAUAGUGUAAUGAUCAGCGACGCUGUGACCUCAAAGCUAUCUGUUAUCUACGUGUAAAUUCUACCGAAAAGAAACACAGAACACAGAACCAAAUAAUUUUUCUCUUUGCCAAUAAAAUCAAACGUUAACUGUUUAU